AUGCCGAUACAGACCUUCCCGGGAGUGCCCAUCGACAUCCUCAGACAGAUAUUCGAGUUCGCAUCUGCUUCGUCUGCCUCGACUGGAUUGACUUUAACCCUAGUGUCGACUCACAUCCGACACUGGACGCUCCCCAUCAUCUACAGAAAUGUCGUUCUAUCAUCAUCGCGAGCCGUGACUCUUUUCCUUGAAACUAUAGCCACCUCUGCGGCCUCCAAACUUACACCAGCGAUACCGCUCUGCAGUCGAGUGAAGAACCUUGGUGUCUUCGCCUUGGGCCCUUUGCCUGCUAUUGAACAGAUUAUCUCCUUGUGUGACAACAUAGAGAGUCUUGCGUGCGGAUUUUCGCUCCAUGCUUAUCUGCUUUCAAACCACCAAAUGCUCCCCCGUGUUUCCUGUAAGAAGCACUUUCUUGGUCCUUCAUGUCGAGAUGGCAUACCCUUCCACCUGAUUUCUCCACAAACCACACACUUCCACGCGCAACUAUCUCUGGAAGAUUUUCAUUCUAUCUUAGAAAUUUGCAACUACGUUUCCGCGAUCACGCACCUAGCCAUCAGCGUCCCUGUGAGCUCCAAAGACGCCGUGGAAAUCAUAGAGUCGACCACUUCGGCAUUGCUCGACAGCAGUAGUCCUUUGGAAUUCCUUCUUAUUCAAGUGAUGGGCACCAAAGGUUCUGAAAUUGCUGAGGUCAUAAAUGCACGGAAUAAAACAAGGAUGGAGCUGGCUGGUGUCCAGGAUGGUUUCCGUGUGGUUGCAAUACGCGCACCAACAUCGGUUGUUCGACAAUGGGAAAAAAUGGUCAUUUCUUCUGCGGAUUUAUGGGAAGACGCAGAAAGAAAAGUCAAUCAGAAGCGGUGGUGA